UGCGUCGCGCGUUUAACAAGAAAGAAAGAAAAAAACCAACCCAUUUUUUACCGAGAAACCGAAAACCGGGAAGAAAAUUAAAUAAAUAGCUUGAUAAUUUUGUUCGUAUUUUGUUUAUGUUCCGUUUUUUUUUUGUGCCGGUGGUGUUUUGCUGGCUUUUUGUUUGGCUGCAGUGGCGCGUAACGUUCAACACACCGCACACCACAGUCAACCCCCAAAACAAAAACAGCAAAACAAAAAAAAGAUAAUAACGACUACUAUCUGGUCCUGGGACAAACAGGAUGCGCUCGAGUGACCCUGCGCACCUGUUCGCCAACGACAAGUGCCACGGACAAUAAUGAAAUUUCCCGGGCCCACGUUUGCGAUUGUGUGUGUGUUUGUGUGAAAUUUUCUUGUAAUUUAUGCAAAGCAUAAGCGAAGGCGGAAAAUUCAACUGGUGUCUCUUUGGGCGGCUUUGUUCCUGUGCUGGUGGGAACUGGCCAUAGUGAAAACUCCCAGCCAUAAGCUGGAAUAACUGAUAGCCCACAUUUACGUCCAUGGUUUGUGCCACACGAUCAUGCUGAUUGUGGACAUGUUGACGCUGGCAUUGGCAAAUGAGCCGAUAUGCGGCGGUGGCAAAAUGAGAUCCAGUGGCAAGGAUAAUCAGGCGGUUGGAGCAGCAGCAUCAACUAUGGCCAAUACAACUGGUGGUGGACUAGGCCCAAACUGCGGGCUUUCGGGCCACUUGGCAUGCGAGGCACGCAACUCACGCGACAAUGUUGCUGCCGUCCAUGACGAGCUGCGUCAGCAGUGCCACUCGGCGAUAGUUGCGGUGGAGGCGCGUGCGCGUGCUGAAUACACUGGCAACAACAAGGGCGACAGCAACAACAAUAGAAGCAGCAGCAGCAGCAACAACGCUAGCUGCAACAACAGUAGGAGCAGCAACAACAGCGACAUUAGAAGCAACACUAUCUGCAACAAUAGCUGCAACAACAGCAGCAACACUAGCUGCAACAGCGACAACACUGGCGACAACUCAGCAACGGAAGUGGCCACGAAAUGUGAGUACGCGCAACUCGAGCAUGAGAGGCAGAGCGUGAGCGCAGGCGCAUACCUGCAACCACCCAAUGUGACAGUUAGCAGCAGCAGCACCAGUGGCAACAACAACAACGGCAAGAGGGGGAGCAGCGCCUGCUCAAUACCUACAAUUGGCAGUGAGCUUUUCAAAGCCAACCUUGUGGCAGCAGCAGCAGCAGUCGUCGCAGCUGAGCAGCAGAGGCAGCAGCUACACAAGUCAGCAAGCAGCAGCAGCAGCCAACCGUCAACGAAUUCUGGCCAAAAGCUGUGCAAAUUGAUUGAGUCCAGUGAAAAAUCGGUGGAAAUCAAUUGCCCCAGUCCUUGUGGCAUACGCAACGUGCCAGAUAGUGGCCAAAAGUCCAACGAAAAGUCGUCGCAAAGCGUUGACCAAACUGGCGACGAUAUUGGCAGUCACAACGACGACAACGAUACCAACAACGACAACAACCACAACCACGACGACGACGACGCGCGACGUACAGAAAAAUUUGUGCAAAAAAUCAGGCAAAGCGCGUUGCCUGCUCGCGGGCCACAUCAUUUUUUUUAUCCCAGUGAAAGUGUUGAGAUAGAUGCAGCAGCAGCAGCAUCAACAGUAGAAACAGCAACAGCAGUAGCAGCAGCAGCAGCAACCUUAAGCUCCAAAAAGGAGCAGCAGGAGGAGCAGCAGGAGGAGCAGCAGGAGGCGGGGCAGGCGCCAUUGUCAUUGCUAUAUUCUCAGUACCCUCCCUGCUCCCACGAGCCACCAGCCAGCAGCAACUCAUCCUUGACUGGAUGUGGUGGCGUUGAUAAUGUCGCUGGCAUUGCUGCUGUCCGCCCACAAAAAAGUUCCUGGCCUCUGGAUUACGUGAGGAGCAGCAUCCCAGAUACAGCAGCAACAUGCAAUGACAACGGCAACCAGUCAAAGCCCAGCGAUUUAAGUGCAACAUUCGAGGAGAAGCUCAUCGAUUGCGAGUCCUUGGUGGGCGAUACAGUGCCAACAGUAGCAGCAGGAGCAACUGCAGCAGCAGUAGCAAUAAGCUGUAUUGAGCAGGAUCUCAUCGAUUUUGAGCAAGAUUUGGGCGAGGAUUUUGUGGCCAGUCAGCGCUUAAAGCGACUGCAAUACAAUUUUCAGGGACGCGUGGCCAGUUGUAGUAGCAUUGAUUGUGUAAAGGCAUCCUUGAGAGCACAACAACAAAAGCAGAAGGAGCAAGAGCAGGAGCAGGAGCAGGAGCAACAAACAAUAAGCAUAACAAAGAAACUACCCCCAGAUACCGAUAGCGAUACCAGCCAACAACCCCAACUCCAGUGCCCCAACCAAACGCAAACCCAAGUCCAAGCUCAAGCCCAAGCCCAAACCCAAUCCACUCAAGGCGUAGACAAUAAGGCGAUUGCAGCAAUUAUCGCGGACCCAAGUGCAAUUCAAUUAAAUGUGGAUUCCAUUCUCGCAGCGCCAUUGCCAAAUGAAAGCGAAACAACAGACAGCGGCAGACAAACAGCUGAAAAUCCCAAGGAGCAACAUUUCGUGCUGAAUACGCACUCCGAGUGCCCAGUGCGCAGGAUCGAGAAGGCGGAGAAGGAGGCAGAGGCGGAGAGCCAUAACCAGAACGAGAACCAGACCCACAACCAAAACCAGAACCAAGACCAAGUGGUGAUUGAAAUCGAAACGGAUAGCGAGGAGCACGUCGCUUCCACGGAGGAUUGCUUGAGGCGCUCUGCCUUUGUGCCAGCUCAGCCGAGUUGCAAGGAGGCCGGGGAUUUUGGCACAUCGCUCAGCGAGUUCGAUGUGCAGCGAUUUAGCGAGUAUCUAAAGGUCGCCCGCCAAUUGCAGUGGCAACAUUUGAAUAGCAAUAACCGGAACCGGAAACAGCAGGAUAUCGCUGGCACCAGUAGUUUCCAGUGCUACGACGAACUGCUGGCCGAGUUCGUUAGCGAGCAACAGGAGUACUUGCUAUUCGAAAGCUAUUCUGAUUGCGAUACGAAUUCGAAUUCGAAUUCGGAUAGCCAGGAGGAGUUUGAUUGUGGAAGAGCCUGCCAGUGCCAUGAGUGCCUAGCCAGUCGGGAUCAGAACACGUCCACUUGCGCCGUCAGAGGCAUCGUUAGCGUUACAGCAGCCCAUCUAGAACGCCCGGAUCAUCGAAUCAUCCCACAUCCCACCCACCUGACCAACGGCAACAAGAUGCGCGAGGUGAAUGGUCAGUUGCGCGGCCUGCUCAAGAAGCCAAAUCGACCGCCGCCGGCACGCAAGAAUCGCGUCGUCUUCGAUGAGACGCGCAACGAGUUCUUUGAAGCGGACUACAUAAUCCUGAUACGCGAGGAUUGCGCCUACGACGAGGAGGACGAGGAGCCAUGCACCUGCGGCGAGCACGAGCUGGUGCGUCUGUGCUGCGAGGAGGGUUGCCAGUGCAACUAUGCCGUCAAUCCUGCCGAGGCGGGUGAGGGCAGGACGCCACAGAGUCCCAAAUACCAGCCGCCAAUUGAGUUCGUCGACGAUGCGGCACUCAGUCCGCCCGAUGGCUACAAGGACAGCAGUCUAAAGAACACGCUCGGCGGCGCCCUGAGCGGUCACAUCUUUGGGGCGCAGCACCUGCAGCAGCUGCAGGUCAUCCAGCGGCUGCAGCAGCAGCGUGCCGCAAUGCUGGCCGCCCGCAACACCACAAGCGGUCAGAUACCGCCCCCACCCCCGCCCGUUGGCACUGCUCAGCAACAGCAGCAGCAACAGCAACAGCAGCAGCAGCAACAGCAGCAACAACAGCAGCAGCAGCAACAGUCGCAUCAGCAGCCGCAUCAUGGAGCCAUGCAGCAGCAGCAGUCGGAGGAGGAACUCCAGGGCGUUUGCACCGAGUGUGCCGAGUGCGCCGAAUGUGCGGCCAAACAGCUCCAGGAAGCAGAAUGCAGCUCCCCGCAGUGUCCGGAGGAGAUGACCCCACUGGGUGUGCCCGCUGUGGCCAUUCUGCCGCUGCACACCAGUUCCCCGGAGCGCCGGAUCACCCAGAAGGAGAUCAUCGCCGGCGAGGAGCGGCCCAAAUACGUCCUGCAAUCGCAGUACAAGCCAUCGCCCACUGGAGUGGUGAAAGCUAGAAAGGAUUCGGGCAGUAGCAAGGCCAGGUCCGGAUCCAUCUCCGGCUCAGGCUCCAGUUCCGCCCAUGGAACAGCCACCCAAGUCCCGGUUCCCGUUCAAGUUCAAGUUCCAGCUACGGCCAUCAGUAGCCAUCAGUCCUCGAAAAAUAAGCGAUUUGUUGUUGAAACCAUUACCACUAUGACCACAGUGACCGAGCGUCGGAUCAUCCGCGAGGCGCACGAGGAUGUGGCAACUGCUGGAUCCGCUCCUGCACCUGGCACCGCCGCGCCAACGGUUGGAGCUGCGUCCGCCACUGGAGCUGAUGCAUUACCGCCCGCCUUGCCGGCCAAGGCGAGUGCAACAGCAGCAGCUGCAGCAGCAGCCGCCGUAGCAGCAGCAUCAGCAACCGCAUCCACAUCCACAUCCGCAUCAGUAUCCGCAACGGAACAGCAACAGUUCGAGGCACAGAAACCGCCACCCAUACCGCCCAAGGAGACAUCACCCACGCAGAUCAGCGGCAUCCUCAAGGGCGGCAAGCUAUGGAAGCAGGACUCGAUCUCACAGCAGUCGGAUGACCAGAACAAUACCACAUCGGAGGACGAGAGCGGUGGCACCAAGCGUUCGGUGCGGUUUGUGACCGAGGAUCAGGCGAAUGCCGGCACCGAUAGCGAUGCUCAGUCCCUGGCCGGUGAUCUGGACGACAGUGAGAACCAGAUCAACGAGCUAAUCCCGAUCAAGAAGCACUCGACGCUCUUCAACAACGCCCUGCGUCCCAAUUCGGCGGUGCGCCAACUCUUCCCGAGCGUCUCGGCUCAUCAGGCACCGGUGCUCACCUCGGAGGCACUACGGGCCUUCGAUGAGUCCAAGCGGGCUGGCUGCCUGGUCACCCACUUGCCUGGAAGCUGUGGUGACUCCGACACCUUGCGAAGGAGCAUGGAGCGCAAUAUACUGCGACGAUCGCUGAUUAAAAAAAAAGCUGUUAAAUCGGACAUUUCGCUGGAGGAGCGCAUCAAGCAGCUGACCUGCGACAUCGACGAGGAUCUGGCCGAGGAACUGCAGCGGGCUGUGGACGAGGAUGCUGAAUCUGUGGCCGAACGUGCCGAUGAGUUGGCCCAGCGUAACAGUCCCGCCGGCGAGGAGAAUCCCAAUCCGGUGCCUGGUUCUGGACAAGCUCUCAAGUUCGUCAAUGGCGAGAAGAGCUUCUCGCCGAGCAGCUCUGUGUCGAGCUCCUCGAGCGGAUCGUCGGCCUACAAGAAGAUCGCUGACAUCUUCAACCGCGACAAGAAGCAGGAGAAGAUCAUGGAAAUGGAGGAGAAUCCCAUAGUCAUCAUACCACAGGAGUGCCGUUGUCCCGCUGCUCCGGAUUUGGGCAUGGGCAUCCAGGUGCCGGUGGUGCACACGCAGAUCCACCGCACUCCACCCCGCCAAACGGAGCCGAAGCGCCAGUUCCUCUCCUCCACUUUGGCCCCCCUGACCGCCUGUGUGGCUGGAAACAAGGACGACCUAUCCUCCUACUACACAUUGGCCGCUGCAGCUGCUGCUCAUCCGCAUGCCCAUGGCCACGCCCACACGCAUGCGCAUGCCGCCCACUAUGCCGCCGCCGCUGCGACGGCUGACUUUAAUAUGGGACAGCUACUGGGUGCGGCUGCAGCCGCUGCCGCCUCUGGAGAUCCCGCUGCCCAGCAUGCGGCUGCCAUGGCGGCACAGGGAUUGGCCCAAGGAUUGGCUGCCGCCGGAGGUGGUGGGGGAGCAGGAGGACUUGGUGCCGGAGAGGAUGCUCGCAAGGUGGCACCCGAUGUGAUUGCCGGAACACCGGGUCAGGAGGCCGCCGGGCGGCAGGAGCAGGACGAACUGGCCGCCUUUGCCCAGGCAGACGCCAAGCGGACCGAGCAGCUCAAGAAGCGGUACACGGGAGCGGGCUCCGAGCCCAGUCAAUCGCAGGCCAGCAGCGACGAUGACGAGCAGAACGACUAUGGGUUCAACAAGCGUCCCUCGGUGCGGGGCAUCAAGCCCAAGUUCAGUUCGACCAACGAGAUCCUGGCCCAGAUGCAGGAGCAGCUGAGCGCGGCGAUACCCACGGUGGUCAAUAGCCAGCCCGUGCAGCAUGCGGUCAAGGGUUAUGCCAUGCCCAAUACGCUCAAGCAGAAUCCCUCGCCGCAGAAUGUGCCACAGAACUUGCAGCAGCAGCAGCAGCAGCAGCAACAGCAGCAACAUCAGCAGCAGGCGGUGCAUCAGCAACAUCAGCAGCAGUUGCAGCAACAAAUGGCCGCCGCGCUGCAGAAAACGGAGCAGCGAACGUGGAGCUUCUACAGCGAGACCGGGGAACAGCAGCGCUUCCCCAUGGAUGCGGCUGCCAUACAGCAGACCUACUACCAGACCCUGCCCGCCGGCACCAUGUUCCGCCAGACGAUGAUCCAGCAGGGCGCCACUUCCGCCGGCGGUGCCGAUGAUGCAUCACUGCUGUACGCCGCCGCUGCAGCCGCCCAAAAUUGUCAGAGUGUCACGGCGACGGCAACGGCCACCGCCACCGCCACGGCCAUCGAGCAGAGCAAGCACAGCAGUUACAGCAGCCACUUCGCCAGGAGCCCCACCCGGCGGCCAGAGUCGCCUCCCCCGCUGCGCAACUACCAUCAGACCAUGGUCCUCAUCCCGUACAACGCGGAGACCUACUCCCAGUUCGCCGCCAGCAGCAGCGGCGAUCCCAAGUUGGCGCACAUCCAGCGCCAAAACAUCCUCGAGUACCAGCAGGUAACCCAGCAGACGAUUCGUGUGCCCAUUGGCUAUGCCCUGCCCGGCAUGCAGUUGCAUGUGGUGAGUGGGCGUGGCCAUGCCGCCCACUAUGCCCAGCACCAGCAGCAGCACCAGCAACAGCAGCAGCAGCAGCAGCAACAGCAGCAGCGCUUGAUGCAGGGACACUAUCAAUUUGGACCGGAUGGCGGAAUGCCAGGAUUCAGCGAGCGCGGAGUGCCCGAAGGAGCGGCCGCCGUAUCCCACAGCGAUUGCAAUGCCAUGGUGUCGCCAACUUCGGCAACAGCAGCGGUACAACAACAGCAGCAGCAGCAGCAACAGCAGCAGCAACAACAGCAGCAGCAACAGCAACAGGUCGCCGGAGGAGUGGGUGUGGGCGCCCAGGCCCAGGGAUCUGUGUACUAUGCGAUGAACGUAUGACCCGCGCUCGAAUAGUCGAUGCCAGCGGCGGUCAUUGUCGAGCGCCGCCAGUGUCAACUUGUCGAAAUGUCAGCGACUUCAGUGCAUUUGGGUAGCGGCGGCAUGGGCGGCAGAUGAGCGCCCGCCCCGCGGUAUUCCAAAUGCGAAACGGAGUCCGUGAUUGAGUCCUCGAGUUCCCAUCAGGUCCCAUCCGCUGAUUUCAGUUGCCCCUCAGUUGACCCUAGCGAGCGUUUUUGAAUCAGUUUGAUCUUCCGUUUAGGCAGUGUAUCUGUAUCUUUAUCUGUAUCUGUAAGCGUAACGGUAUCUGUUUUCGCGUCAGUAUGAUUAUCAUUAUCUGUAUCCGUAACCGUGUUGUCAGUAUCUUUGUGUCGCUGGACGUGUGUGUCACAAAUACUCCAGUACGGCCUGUCGCUACGAACCUUCAAAGCUUUCAAAUCACUUAAGUUUCUUUGAUAGAUGCAAGAAGAAUUCGUUCUGAAGUGUAUAGCACACUUUAAAGCGUUUUUGAGGUGGUUUCGAAGCUCUUGAGGUUUUUAACAUGCCCAUUAAAAUAGAAUUAACAAAAUAAACAUCUUAUGUUGGUGGUAAACGAUGCAGCGGCAUCAAAAUAAUUUUGAUACUAUGUGAAUCAUGGAAACGAAACUGCGGUUGCACCGUUUACAACCAGCUCCAUCAACGAGAUCCAAAGUGAAUCACUCCACGUUAUGCAAUGCUCCAAAAAGUAAUGUUUAAGUUUAGCCUUGUCGUCGAGGAUUUAAUUUAAUAGGUAUUAAUCUUUAGUCGAGUGUAGUGAAGAAAGGAUGAAAAUCUAAACCAAAACACAACCAAAUCACAUGAAUUUAUUUCGAGCAUGUACAUGCUGGGUGCUAGUAAUGCAAAAACAAAAACAACAACAACCGCAACAAAAACACAACAAAACCAAGAAAGAGUUAAUUUAGCUAUAAUGAUUAUAUUUAACAAGUUAAACCCAAAACAAAGAUAUGUCAUAACAUUAUUUUUAAUUCAAUUUUUUUUUUGCUGUUAGCCAAGGAAACCGAGUUUUGCUCAAUGAGAAGUGCAUUUGAUUUUAAACACAUCUAUUUAAUAACUAACAUACAUUAUUAUAUAUCGACAUAUGCGAAUGCUUAACUAAAUUAUACAUAAUUAAUUAUAUUUCAUUGAAUUGAUAUUAUAAGGUAUUUUCAAUGUAGUGCAAUUUGUUGCUAACUCCAAAAGUUCUCUUAGCAGAGAGUAUUAUAUAAAAACAUAAAUAUAUAUAUAUAUUUUAUGAGUAUCGAAAUUAUAGGACUAUUUUUAGGCUUAGGCUUUAUUUGUAUACAAUUUAGUUUUAAUUAUUUUUUUUCCUUAUGUAUAAUAAAUUAAAAGAAAUUUUCAACACUUUUUGGUUUCCUACGCUUAAGAAAAGUACCGCCAUGUUUUGGCAUAGUACAUGUAAAAUCUAUAGGCGAACACAUCUAUCUAUGUGUACUUAUGCUUUGUAAGCUACAGUUUGUUUGGGUUUCAUUUGUAGAUCGAUCAGCCGGCAUCGCAUUCCACAUCUUCCACAUUCCACAGACCCUAAGAGAUGUACAUAUGUUGAAACCCUGGAAGAUUUCAUCACGUUUGUGGCUAAAAGUAUGCAAGAAACUGAGAUCAUCACAACUUAAAGCAUACUUUUAAGCACCUAACACGCUGUGUUGAAAUCUGCGGGUGAAACCACGCAUCUCCGAUCGCCUUUCUCCCAAAGUGAGAGCAUCAGUGCCAAAAGCUUGCAUCCCAGACCUCUCUCAAUCAUCCCAUACCACCCAAUCAUCUCACCUAGUUGAUAGAGUUACCAUUUAAAUCGUGCAAUCAUACGAAAAAUGUUAGAAAAUACCACACAAAGUCACGAUGAACCGAGGAAAAUAUCGUAUCUCUCUUAAAAAAACAUAGGUCUACAUACAAAAACAUACACAUAGAUGUAAGUGCAUUUGUGCAUGCAUCCCGCAUACAAAACAUUAAGAUGAUAUACAGACAUACAUAUAUAAAAUAUGCAUAAUGUAUUUCGAUUCAGAUAUUGUGUUAAUGUCUAUAACGAACAUAUUGAAAACUAUUGAAAGCAAACACGAAUUAAGAGUGCAAUAAUGUUAAAGUGAAAUUACCGCUGACAGGAAACGGAAGCCGAAAAUGAUGAAAAAGGACAACGCAAUUCCGUGAGAGCGCGCGAGCGAGUUAGAUAGUUGGUCGGACAGUUAGACAGGGAUGGCGAGAGCCGAAAGAGACAGAGAUAGCGCGCAUAACGAAACAGUUUAGUCAUAGAUUUAAAUACACAGACAUUUACAGAGCGAUUAACGAUUAACUAUAAUGGAUAACUAAAGCGUGGUCUUAGGUGUUCGAUACUCAAGUUUUUUUUUUUAGUUUAUUCUUCGGUUAAAUAUUUUCGUUGCACUUUUUCGCGGUUCCACUGAGAGAUUCCGACACUAGAAAUUGACUAGAAAACGCAGCGCGAUUUGCAUAUUAUAUAAAUACAGUUAGAGCCAGAUAGCGAGCGAGAGUAAAGCGAUAAAUUAUAAAUAAAUAUAUAUGUAUAUAUAUACAUACAGGCAUACAUAUAUAUAUACAUGGAUAUAUACUAGAUGAUUAUGUAAUACAUAAAUGGCAUUGAACGAAUUCCAAGCACAUUGCAAGAAUCCCAAAUCAAAAAAUCGCAUGAAAUUGCCCCGUACCUUUUGCGUUUUACUCCCAGAUGUAACUCAAUUUUUUCUAUGCAAAAGUAGUUGAAAAUUAUAUAAUGAAAACCGAUUAGAAGAACAAAACAUACAUAUAUAUAUAGAGACACACAUCGACAGUAUCCUAUUCGAAUGAUUUCUUUGAGAACUUGAUUUGCGAUUUUGGAUUUGCAGCAAGAAAAGUAAAACCAACAACAGAAAAUGUGUAAGAAAUAGUAUAAAUAAGGUCGGAUAUUAAUGCCCCGACAUUACGCUAUAUGUAUAUGCUCGGGGCAAGCAACAACAAAUCCAAUAAAACAAAGUAAUUAACAACAAAUAAAACGGAUGAAACAACCAAGAUUAUGUAAGCGAUGGAUCGAAGUAAGAAUUGAUGCGAACGGCACAAGUAUAUAACAAAUUUCAACAAGUAUAUGACUGAGCCAAUGACUCAAAGAUACAUUUUAAAUAAAAUGGAAAACCAGAAAUAUAUGAAAAAUAUAAAAACGAUAAGCAAGUGAA